CUCGGCAGCGUACGGACGUAAUUUGAGCUUGCGUUAGAAAAAAGAAUAAAACAAUGAAACUAAAAAAAAUCAUAAAUCAAAAAUUCUCUCCAAAUUUUGUUUAAACGCUCAGUCUAAAAGUGCAAAACAGUUUUUAAAAACAAUUUUUUAGAAAAUCUAAGAACACUGUUCAAAGUAUAUUAAUGUUAAUGCUGAACUAAAAAAAAACAGAUUGUGUGAAAACAGGUAACUCUUAGCCUUCAAAUCAUAGUUAAAAUUAAAGAGGUUCGGGAUAUUUUUUGCUACAAGGAACAGCGGGACCAUAAAAAAUGGUUAACUUGCACUGCCGAAUGACGGAGGAGGCCAGGGAACAGAAGCGCAUCAAUGAUGAAAUCGAAAGGCAGUUGCGCACGGACAAGAGAAAUUCGAACCGAGAGCUUAAACUUUUGGUGCUGGGACCGGGCGAGUCCGGCAAGUCAACAUUCAUCAAGCAGAUGCGUAUCAUCCAUGCCAAAGGCUUCUCACCCAAGGAAACACGUGGAUAUAUUAAGCUGGUUUACCAGAAUAUCUUCAUGGCCAUGCAGUCAAUGAUCAAGGCCAUGGACAAGCUGGAUAUUUCCUAUGGUCACGAAGAUCAUAUCGUAAGUGUUUCAAGCAUAUCUUUAUGGUUUGUUCCAACGCAAUUGAAUGACCUGCAGGAACUGGCCUAUCUGGUAAUGAGCAUCCCCUAUGAGAAGGUUGAAACGUUUGAGGAUCCGUACGUGACUGCCAUUAAAAGGCUUUGGGGCGAUGCUGGCAUCCAGAAGUGCUACGAUCGUCGUAGUGAAUAUCAGCUGACUGAUUCAACUGAAUACUUUUUGAACGACAUAGCUCGAAUUGAAAAUGUUUUUUACUUGCCAACCGAACAGGAUAUUCUUCGUGUCCGAGUGGCGACAGUAGAAAUUCUUGAGUAUCAGUUUAAUUUGGAUGGCUUAAUGAUAAGAAUGUAUGACGUCGCAGGACAGCGAUCGCAGAGAAAUAAGUGGAUUCAUUGUUUUUCGGAUGUGACAUCAAUUAUAUUUCUAGCAGCGCUAUCGGAAUUCGAUCAAAUGCUUGCUGAAGAUGAUAGUGUUAAUCGAAUGAAGGAAUCAAAAGCUUUGUUUGACACGAUAGUUAAAUACAAAUGGUUCCUAAAAACGCCAGUUAUUCUUUUCCUAAACAAGAAGGACUUGUUCGAGCAGAAAAUAAUGACUAAGGAUUUGGUGGACUAUUUUCCUGAAUACGAUGGUCCAAAGAAAGACGCAAUUGCGGCCAGAAGUUUCAUACUGGAAAUGUUUGAAAGUGUAAAAAUUGAUGAAGAUGAAAAAAUUUAUUCCCAUUUUACCUGUGCUACAAAUAAGGAAAAUAUAAGUUUUGUGUUUGCUGCCGUCAAGGACACAAUUGUGCAAAUGCACCUUACCGAUAUAAAUUUGGACUAAUGUGGCAACGAGGAUUUCAUUACAAAUGAAUAAUUGAUUUUUGGUUCCAAGUUAGUGGUAAUGAAAAAUCCUAUGGUUCGACGUUACAAAACUGUUAUUUAUUUCAAACUUAUGAUUUACAUAUACAAUCGAUUAAAAUUAACACGUUUCACAAA